UUGUUUUUUGUUUUUUAUUAUCUUCCCUUAGCCUGAUAUCCUAUUGUUAGUCUCAAUUUAUAUAGAUCCAGAUCUAUUUAAUUUUCUUCUAUUCUAUUUCAUAAUUAAUUAAUUAAUUAAUUUCAUCUCGCUUUAUUGUCUCUUUUUUUCUUUUUGCUUGUUCUUUUAUUCUCUGAUCUCUAUGACUAUAAUCACAUACCACUAAUUUCCAUAUCUAUCUACUUUUUCUUCUGACUCUUUUGCUUAUCAACCAAUCUACUCAAAAUGUCAAGUACAAACACUGCUAAUCCCUUUUCCACUGAACUAUCUGAUCCAUCUUCUCACUUUGCCUUCCCACCUUUUGAAAAUAAACCUUCCAACUCUCUUCUGUUGCCUUUGCCCAAUCUGUUGAAUAAAUCCCAAAAUCCUUCAAACACUUUUAACCAAUCUUUCAAUAACCCUUAUUCCUAUUUUAAUCCCGUUGCUAAUAACAACUCUGCCAACAUGAACAACAACAAUAACAACAACAUGAAUAACAUUAACAAUCUCAAUAGCAACAUGAAUAACAUCAAUGGUCUCAAUAACCUUAAUAACGCCAACAAUAACAAUAAUAAUAAUAACCCUAAUGGCUUGACCAUAAACACAAUCAACGGCGACCUCGAUUUAAAAUCAAGAUACCCAUUGAAGAAUUCUUAUGAUCUAUCCAAAUCUCCCACCGAUAAACGUCCAUUGGAGAAAAAAAAGAGACCAAGAAGAAAACACGAUGAAAUUGAAAGAGUCUACAUGUGUAAAUGGAGUGGUUGCACAAAAGGUUAUGGCACUUUAAACCAUCUUAAUGCUCAUGUUUUAACUCAAAACCAUGGUUUGAAGAGAAAACCUGAAGAAUUCAGAGAAAUCAGAGCACAGCUCAGAGAAAGAAGAAAGAAAGCUGCUGAAUCUUCAAAAUUGCAACAAAAGGAAAGAGCAAACUCUUUACCAAGUCUAUCUGAAAACUCCCUUCCUUUGAAUUCAAUUCCAAACUCUUAUAAUCCUCAUAAUCCUUCGCUACCAAACGACCUCAUAUACAACACAAACCCUCCUUCUUCCUUCUCUUUACUAACUCCUCCCUCUUCAAAGUCAAACAUGCCCACUUUAAACAACUACAACCAACCUUUCUAUAAAAACGAUUCUCAAAUGAUAAUAGGCCAAACCAAUUUGACUCCAUAUAGUCUUUUGGAUGACUAUUCCUCAUCUCAAAAUAAUACCUCUUCUCUUGCCAAUAACACCAAUAACCCAAAUUACAUUAACAAUUAUAACAACUUCAAGUUCCCUACAACCACAAACUCCUACCCAAAUUCCUUUUCUGCUAACCACUCUUCUAAUAUUUCUACUACUGCCAGCAAUUCUCCACUAUCCUCAGUAUCUGGUGCUUCUUAUUCUUAUGAUAACUCAUACAAUCAAAACUCGAAUUUGGCCUACAAUUAUGGCUCUUCCUCGCAAAAUUUUAACUAUGCAAAUUCAAAUCUCAACUCUCGUCCAUAAUCGACCAAGUUGGUUUUAACUUAUCUUAUCUAAUCACUCUCUUUUUUUUUUCUUUCUUUGUGUUUCUAAUUAUGAUCGUUCUAUUUUAUUUUAUUUUAUUUUAU